CCACAAUUGACAUACCAUCUACAAUUUCCUGCAUGCACAAAACCUUUUAUCCCGUAAUAUAAAGAAGAACGCAACCUCGAACGAUGACUGCCCCUUCUUCGAAACAGUCGACAUCCUCACAACCAUCGCCUGCUACAGAAAUGGUCGCAGCUGAUCUCACUACCGUAUUCAAUACUCUUAUCACAGGACUGCAUAUUCUCCACUAUAAUGGCGUUCUAGAUGCUUAUGGUCAUAUCUCCGUCCGUAAUCCGAACGAUGGUUCCAACUUUUUCAUGUCUCGCAACCUUGCUCCUGCUCUGGUCGCCAACAGCAGUGAUCUGGUCGAGUAUCGCGUCGAGGAUGCUGCUCCUAUCGAUCCAAAUGCUCCUGGUGGAUUCCUCGAACGCUAUAUACAUAGCGAGCUAUAUAAGCGCUUCCCGAGCAUCAACAGCGUUGUCCACAGUCACUCUCCGCAAGUGGUUCCCUACACCUUCAGUGGUGUGCCUCUGCGUUCAUGCAUUCACAUGGCAGGCUUUCUAGGUGAUGAAGUUCCAAACUUUGAUAUCACUGCACACUACGAACCUGGUGAUAAUCAGGACAUCCUCAUUCGCUCGCAGCGCCUUGGUGCGGCACUUGCAGCUGAAUUCUCCUCCGACCGCUCUUUGCCAAAUGCCACCCAGACUGAGGCCGAUCACGCGGUCGUAUUGAUGCAGAACCAUGGCUUCACUACUGUAGCUUCGAGCAUCAAGCUGGCUGUCAUGCAAGCUGUAUAUACGCAAGUCAAUGCCGGGAUUCAGACUACAGCCUUGACUAUCCAGAAUUCGAACCCCAAUCGGAACCAGCAAGAUUUAUCGUUCCUAAGCAGUCAACAAGCAGUAAAGACCUGGACAACAAUGUCAGGCACUUCGGAUCGACCCUGGGGUCUAUGGAGUCACGAGGUCCGCUCUUCUAAUUUGUAUCAGAAUCUUCUGGAUCCAGAUCAGACACAGCCUGCUGCGCCGCUUCUCUGAUGCUGCUUUCGAGGCCUUCCAAGUGACUCGAUGUGGACUUCUGUGUUGGGCCGCUAUGACACACUAGCUACCAGGAGAAGUCGAUUUGAUGGAUUCGAAACAUUGCAUAUGAUGUUGCGGCGUUCCAUGUUGUCUUGAGAUAUUGGUGGUAACAUGAGGCAUACAUACUAUUAUGAUGACUGAUCAGGUACAGGGUAAUACGAACUUCCAGAUGUCUUCCUAGAGGUCUUCGAACGAUCUCGUUGGGAACAGAUUAUGCCGCAAUUGAGAUUGUGUUCCUAACGAAAACUAUUCAAGUGCC